AUGCGAUUUGUCUUGUUGCAUGGCAUGUGCAGACACCCAGCUGUUCAGGUUUAUGUUUCAGAAUCCCCAGUAGGCAUUUGCAUCCCAGCGCUCGGUGGGGCAGCGCUCAGGAUGGGGGAGAACUUCGAUGAUGCAGAGACCCUGGUGCUGGGUGCGCACCUGGCGGAAGAUGAAGCCGACGAAGCUGUCGCCGACGCGGCCAAAGGCACAACAGAGGCGAGCGACGGCUUGUUGGACCUGCUUGAGGAGAAGCCAGAAGUAGCAACGGAGUCAGAGACACUGCCAGGUGCAAUACCAGGUGAAAGUGUACUGGACUCGGCCGCCUCGGGCGAAACGCCAGCGAGUUCGGAGCCGGAGCCGGUCCCAAAAGCAGACGCGCCCGCAGAGCACAAGGAGCCCACAGGUGUGAAAAGAGCCGCGACGCAGACGCUGGACAUAAUGGACAUGGAGGACGUUGAAGCAGGCCAGCCUCCGUCCGAUGAGCACUCGGCAGUGCUGUCGUCGGUGAACUUUGCCACCGCCACGGACAUUGUGCUCACAUCAGACUGCGUCUCCGUAGGCAGGGACGAGUCGAAUGCCAUUACUUUGACCGAUCCGCGAGUCUCGAACGAGCAGUUCCGAGUCCAUCGGAAGCCUCUUAGUGCUCCUGGCCCCCAGUGGAGCUACGAACUAGAGGACUGCUCUAGAAAUGGGACCCUUGUGAACAAGAAGCUGCUGCGGGCGGCGAAGGUUGUCUUGAAGGAUCAGGACUUGGUAGAAGUACUUCCAGCUUCGAAGGUUGGUCAAGCGGCAGCCAUCGCGUUUUUGUUCCAUGCUCCAGAAGCUGAUGCAGAGGAAGGUCCACCUAAGAAGAAGAUUCGACUGGAAGGACCGGGUGAGUCAGCUGGUGUUGAUGCUGAGACCAUCUUCCAGGGCGCUAUGUGCGCAAUCUGUCAAGAGGUGAUGCAUCGUGCCACCAGUGUGCAGCCAUGCAUGCACAGCUUCUGCAGCUCCUGCCUGGGUGGCUGGCUGAAGCGGCCUGGUGACAAAAUCCCAAGGUGCCCGAUCUGUCGACAAGGGGUCGCUGCGGUUGGCAAGAAUCAUGCGCUUGACAGCAUGAUCGAGGGCCUGCUGAAGGCGCACCCUGAUCGACAACGUUCCAUCGCAGCAAUAUCUGAUCUGGACAGCCGUGAUCCGCUGCACGACUGUGGCUACGACUUGCUGAAGCUUCGCGGGCCCGGGGACGUGGCUGCAGGUUUGGCGCGGGUGGUGGUGGCUGCAGCAGCUGCUGCAGAAGGCAUGGAUGCAGAUAGUUCGAGCGAGCACUCGAGUCACUCAGAUUCCGAGUAUGAAGAGGAGGAGGCCAGGGCCCCACUGCAUGCCUGGUCUGCGCCAGGAGCUGUGCGGCCUCCCUGCUUCCACUGUGGAACCCCGGCAUGGCAACCCUUGCGUGCAGCUGUUGACCUCACCACGUCGGCACCGAUACCGGCUGCAGCACUAAUGAAGUCGGCGCUGGCCAGCAAUACCUUCGAACAGGAGAUCCUGCAGGCCGUGGGCGCAUGGUAG